AUGGAGGAACAAAAUAACAGGGCGCAUAGGCCGUCUAAGGAGAAGAAGAAGACGAAGCAUGUGGGAGACAAGAACCCCAAAGCCUUCGCAUAUGCGAAUCCAGGAAGAUUGGCCAAAUCUGCUGCUCGAUCGCACGAUCUCAAAGAAAAACGCCUCCAUGUUCCCCAGGUCGAUCGAAUCCCCGAAGAACCUCCCCCACGACUUGUUGCUAUCGUCGGUCCUCCGGGCGUAGGCAAGACAACCCUCCUCAAAUCCCUUGUCAAAAGAUAUGCGAAGGAAACCCUCUCCGACCCCCAAGGACCCAUCACCGUGGUGACCUCGAAGCGACAACGAUUGACAUUCCUAGAAUGUCCGAAUGAACUCGAAGCCAUGGUGGACAUGUCCAAGGUGGCAGACAUCAUCCUGCUGAUGAUCGACGGAAACUUUGGCUUCGAAAUGGAGACUAUGGAAUUCCUGAAUAUUUUGGCUUCUAGUGGUAUGCCUGGAAAUGUUUUUGGAAUUCUCACACAUCUAGAUCUCUUCCGGAAACCUCAGACGCUCAAGGAUGCGAAAAAGCGACUGAAGAACAGAUUCUGGAGCGAAUUAUACCAAGGCGCACACUUGUUCUACCUGUCUGGAGUUAUCAAUGGCCGAUAUCCUGAUCGCGAGAUUCAUAAUAUGUCCAGGUUUAUUUCGGUCAUGAAGAACCCGCGACCUUUGAUCUGGAGGAAUUCUCAUCCGUACACGAUUAUCGACAGUUUCCGCGAUAUAACCCAUCCUACGAAGAUCGAGGAGGAUGCGAAAUGCGACAGAACUGUUUCUCUUUCCGGGUAUCUGCGAGGCACGAAUUUCUCAGCACAGGGUCAGAGAGUGCAUAUUCCAGGAUUGGGAGAUUACACGAUCGCAUCUAUGGAAGCGCUACCAGAUCCGUGUCCGACACCAUACAUGGACCGAGAGAUGGCGAAGGUUUCGGGAAAGACGGGACGCAGACGACUGGAUGAGAAGGAGAAGAAGCUACAUGCGCCAAUGUCUGAUAAGAGCGGAUUGAAAAUUGAUGGAGACACGAUAUAUAUCACGCGAGAGAAAGGCUUCAAUUUCAACCAGGAUGGUGACGAGGAGACCCGUGGAGAGGGCGAGGAGCUGAUUAUCCGACUCCAGAACGAGCGGAAGACUUUGGGCGCCACGGAAGAUGGUCUGCAACUUUUUGGGGGCGGAACUGCGGUAAUGAACGAGGAAGAAGACUCUGGGCGUAAAGCACAUCGAUCGGCGAGAUUCGUUGAGCAAGAGGAGCAGUCGGACGAAGGGAACCUGGACGAUGAGGGUUUCGUUAGCGGGGAGGAGCCGGAUUCUGGGGACGAAGCAGAGAUCACGGAAGAUAGGAUGGGCAAGGCUUUCCGAAAAUCAGCAGAUAAGACUGAGGGUGAGGUAGCCUUUGCUGACAGUGACUCGGAUCUGGGCUCGAUAUCUGGGGAAGAGGAUGAAGAGGAUGACAUCGAGGACGAAUUCGAAGGAGAAGAGGACGACUCAGACGAGGAAGGGGCUCUUCGAUGGAAGGGAAACAUGCUCAAGACUGCGCAGCGUCUCAAUGGCAAAAAGCGAUCCUACCGGACAGCUGAUCUUGCGAAAAUGAUGUAUAACGAAAGCCUGACACCUGUAGAAGUAUUGAGCAAGUGGCGUGGAGAAGAAGAGGAUAAUGAAGAGGAUAUUGAGGACGAUUCAGACGAGGAUAAUUUCUUCAAGAAGUCCGGGAAUGAUGACUCGGACGAGAAGAUCGAGGACCGGGCGAUACCGAUACUCGAUUACGAUGCGUUGGAAGCCAAAUGGUCUACUGGAGACCUGAUCGAAGGUUUGAGACGGCGGUUCGCUACAGCGGAUCUGUUAAGCGAGAAAAAGGACGAGGAGAGUGGCAGUGAUGACGGGGACGGAGAGGACUCAGACGACAAGGGAGAUGGCGAGUUCCGAGACCUCGAAGCCGAGGAGGAAAACGAACAGAAGCCGGACGACCUCAAGGCAGAACGAGAGAAGAACGCCAAGCGCAAAGAAGAACUCAAACUCCGUUUCGAAGAAGAGGAUCGCGAAGGUUUUAACAACGAUAAAGCCAAAGCGCGUCGAGAAGGGGGGGGAGAGGAAGAAUUCGGUGAGGACGACUGGUACGAUGCGCAAAAAGCCCAGAUCCAGAAACAACUCGACAUCAACAAAGCUGAGUUCGAAUUGCUGGAGGAAAAUCAGCGUGUAAAUGUUGAGGGUUUCCGCGCAGGUAUGUACGCCAAAAUAGUACUCGCAUCUGUUCCCUCGGAGUUUGUCACCAAGUUCAACCCCAAGAUGCCCAUCAUCGUCGGUGGCCUCUCCGCAGCAGAGGAUCGCUACGGCUUUGUGCAGGUGCGCAUCAAGCGCCACAGAUGGCACAAGAAGAUCCUUAAGACCAACGACCCGCUCAUUUUCUCCCUGGGCUGGCGCCGGUUCCAGACCAUGCCCGUAUACAGCAUAUCCGACUCGCGGGUGCGCAACCGCAUGCUGAAAUACACGCCGGAGCAUAUGCACUGCUUUGGCACGUUCUACGGCCCACUGAUCGCGCCCAACACUGGAUUUUCAUGCUACCAGACCUUCUCGUCCAAGAACCCCGCCUUCCGCAUCGCGGCCACGGGCACGGUGCUCAACGUCGACGAAGCAACAGAGAUCGUCAAGAAACUGAAGCUCACCGGGACACCGACCAAGAUCUUCAAGAACACAGCCUUCAUCAAAGAUAUGUUCACCACGGCCGUCGAGAUCGCCAAGUUUGAAGGCGCCUCUAUCAAGACCGUGUCCGGUAUCCGCGGCCAGAUCAAACGGGCGCUCAGCAAGCCCGAGGGUCACUUCCGCGCCACCUUCGAGGACAAGAUCUUGAUGAGUGAUAUCGUGUUCCUGCGCGCCUGGUACCCCAUCAAGCCGCACCGCUUCUACAACCCCGUCACGAACCUGAUCGGGUGGGAGGGUAUGCGUCUUACGGGUGAGGUACGCCGGGCCCAGAACCUGCCGACACCGCAGCAGGCGAACAGCCAGUACAAGCCCGUCGAGCGUGCGACUCGGCACUUCAAUCCGUUGCGUGUACCGCGCGCGCUGGCUGCCGACCUGCCGUUCAAGUCGCAGAUCGUGAUGAACAAGAAGCGGAAGACGCAGACGUACAUGCAGAAGCGGGCCGUGGUCAUUGGCGGCGAGGAGAAAAAGGCACGGGACCUGAUGCAGAAGGUCAUGACGCUGCGCAACGAGAAAGAUGCGAAAAGGCGGGCCAAGAAGGAGGAGACGCGGAAAACGUAUCGGAAGAAGGUUGAGGAGAACCAAGAGAAGAGGGGGGAGAGGGAGAAGAAGGAGGCGAAGGAGUAUUGGCGCAAGGAGGGAAAGAAACGUAAGGGUGAUGGCGAGGGGGCUGGUGCCGGUGGAGGCGGGAAGAGGAGAAAGUAG